AUGUCGCAACAAGGAAACCAAUCUGACGCAGGACCGGACGACCCUAGGGUCCCAACCGACUUGCCACCCGGCUGGGUCGCGCAAUUUGAACCUACCAAACGAGAAUACUACUACGUCCAAAUAAGCACUAGAGCGUCAACUUGGGAGCAUCCGGGACAUUCGAAUUCACAAUCAAGUACCCCCGCACAAUCUACAGAUCCAUAUCCGCAACCGCAAGAAGGCAUGUCGGCGAAUCCAGGCAGUGAAGGGGGUGGAACCCGUGGAGCAGGUGACGAUCAUGGUCAAGAUCGCGGACUCGGCGGUAUGGCAGCCAACAUGCUCCUAGGCGGCAACAAGCACGGAAAUAGUGGCCAUGGAUCUUCUCCACUGGGUAAUAUUGCUGGUUCCCUCCUUGGCAGUGGCUCCCAUGGGAAUUCACACGGCGGCGGCUCUCACGGAUCAGGUCACGGCGGUAGCGGUGGUCUAGUCGGAAACCUCGCCGGCUCGCUCCUCGGUGGAGGAAAGCAGUCACAUGGCCAGCAAAGCGGUCAGGGCCAGCACGGCUCUUCGGGUCACAGCUCAAGUGGAGGGAUCGGUGGUCUUGUCGGCGGUCUGUUAGGUGGCCAUGGGAACAAACAACAUGGCCAGCAGAACUACGGGUAUUCCAACGCCGGAAGCGGGUCGAACUACAGCGGAACAGCGCCACCUGCGCAAUACAACCCUACCGGACCGGGCGCUUCAGGCAGCGGCUACGGCGGAUCCAAUCAGCACGGACAAGGUGGACAACACAGCGGACAGCAUGGCGGACAGCAUGGUGGCUAUGGCCAGCAACAGCAUUACGGUGCGCAGUCUAGCGGCCCAGGAGGCCCAGGAGGCUAUUCACCUGCGCCGGCGCAGGCAUACGGCGGAGCGUCCCAACACGACCAGGAGGUCAGUACGGCGCUCCCCCAGGCCAAUACGGAGGCCCACCUCCCGGGCAACACAACCAAAGUUACGGUGGAGCUCCGCAGCAUCAUGAUCAGCAUGGACACGGUGGACAAUAUGAUGCUCCGUCUCAAGGAGGGCAGUACGGCGGCCCUGCGCCAGGCGGUCAGUAUGGAGCUCCUCAAGGCGGUCAAUACGGUGCUCCUCAAGGCGGUCAGUACGGUGCUCCACCUCACGGAGGCCAACACGGAGGUCAACACGGUGGCCCGCCACAAGGGCAAUACGGAGGGCCUCCACAAGGCGGCCAGUACGGAGGGCCACCCCAGGGCGGACAGUACGGUGGACACCCCCCACCGCAGUGGUAAUGAGUUGCAAGUUCGAUUACGCAGCCACGGAUGCACAAUGUCGGGUUGA